AUGAAUUCUAACAAAGAACAUUACUACAAUUCCAUUCAUAUAACCUUAUUGAAAGCGUUAGGUAUUUGGCAUCAUGAUAAGUCGCGACUAGUACUUUUGCAGCGCGUGGUGAUUACACUAGUGCUUGUGCCACAUAUUUGUAUGCAGGUAACAGCGUGGUUUAUCUGUAUCACAGUAGAGACAAACUUACACUUUGACGAGAGUCUUAUAAAGGUUACAGCAUUGGCUUGUCCGUUUUCUGUAAUGGUCAUGCAGUACUUUGUUUUCGUUUUUAAAUCCGACGAAAUUUUGAAUAUACACAAUCGAAUAGAAGGAGACUGGAUGUUGGUGCGUGACACCGUAGAACACGAUAUCAUACAAAAGAAUGCUCAUAGUGCUCAUUUCUACGUUACUCUUACGUUAUACGACAAUGUGUUGCAGCAUAUACCAAAUUCUGAAAAAGAACGCGCUAUUUGCAAGGAAAUAAUGUAUGCGGUACUUGCACACCGUCGAGCUCUAGUGUUUUCCAAAAUAAUAGUAUCGUCAUUUAAUGCUCUGUACUGCGUUAAAGCUAUCUUUAGAGUGCUAUCGUUGACUAUUAAUUUGUAUGGCAUCAUUGAAGCGGUAACGAUAUCCAAAAUCCCUCACAAUACAGUAUUGUAUUGUGUCUCCGUAGUAGGACAUUUAAUGUAUAUGUUUGUGGCAAUGUUUGUCGGACAAAAGAUUACCGAUUGCAAUGACGAAGUGUAUAAUUUAACAUACGAUUCGUUGUGGUACUUGAUGCCUGUAUCGUCGCAGAAACUUGUUUUGUUUUUACUGCAAAAAACUGGCAAAGAAGUUUGUCUUACGAUCGGCUAUCUACUGGUAGCAAAGAUAGAAACUGCUACG